AUGAGCUACCGAAGCAAGGCUUCCGGCUUCGUAGCCAUUUUGGCCUCCGCUGCAACGGUUGCUGCCCACGGUCACGUCACUAACAUCGUUAUCAACGGCGUUUCUUACCGCAACUACAUCCCCGUGCAAGACCCGUAUACCAACAACCCGCCCCUCGUGGCCGGAUGGACAAUUGACCAGCGUGACAACGGAUUCGUCGCCCCAGACGCCUACAACGCUCCUGAUAUCAUAUGCCACCGACAGGCCGUCGCUGGGAAGGGCCGCAUCACGGUGGCCGCUGGCGACACCGUCCAGCUCCAGUGGACCGAGUGGCCGGACAGUCACAAGGGCCCCGUCAUGGACUGGCUCGCCAACUGCAACGGCCCGUGUAACCUUGUCGACAAGACGGAUCUGCGGUUCUUCAAGAUCGACGGCGCCGGCCUGAUCGACCCGCCCCAGCGCACCAACCGCUGGGCGGCCACCGCUCUCAUCGAGAACGGCAAUGCCUGGCUCGUCCGAAUCCCGGCCAACGUCGCUCCCGGCCACUACGUUCUCCGUCACGACAUCAUAGCUCUCCACAACGCCGGUCAGCAGAACGGUGCGCAGAGCUACCCGCAGUGCAUCAACCUGGAGAUCACGGGCGAGGGCACCGACAACCCCCCGGGCACUCCCGGCACUGCUCUCUACAAGGCUAAUGAUGCUGGUAUCCUCUACAACAUCUACCGCGAUAACCUCAAUGACUAUGUGGUUCCGGGGGACACCAUCAUACCUGGAGGUGUCUCCAUGCUCCCGCAGUCUCGGAUUCAGAUUACCGCCUCUGGAAGUGCUACCCCUUACGGAACGACCCGUGUCAGAUCCUCGUCUAGCACCCGUAUCGCUCCCUCAAGUGUUACCACAAGCAACGACAUCUCACCCAGCAGCACCGCAGCACCCACUCGGACCUUGGCACCCACAACACUCCAGACCAAGACAACCACGGCACUUCCAGCUGGUGAGCCAACGCAGGACAUGUAUGGCCAGUGUGGCGGCUUAGCCUACCAAGGUCCUACUAAGUGCCCAGCGUACGCCACCUGCUCCACGGUGAACCUCUACUACGCGCAGUGCACCCCCCUCCCGGUUCCGCCAGGAGUGCAACCCCUAUAUGCCCAGUGCGGCGGUCUGAAUUGGCCGUUGGGGAGUGCGACUGUAUGCGUCCCCGGGGCUCGAUGCUCUACGAUAAAUCCUUACUACGCCCAAUGCACUCCUGCGUAG